UAUUGUUUCCACUAUACUCUUCAUUAUAACGUCAGUACACUUAGUAAUAGAUUUAUUGAAAUGGCUGACGAUCGUAUGGAUAUAGAUGAAGUAGCACAGGAGCUGGCUGAAUCCACGCCUCCUGCCACCAAAUCAUCAUCCAAGCAAAAGUUUGAAGUUAAGAAGUGGACCGCUGUUGCAUUUUGGUCAUGGGACAUGCAAAUUGAAAAUUGUGCAAUUUGUAGAAAUCACUUAAUGGAGCCUUGUAUUGAAUGUCAACCAAACACCAUUGCCAAUGGCAGUGAAGAAUGUAUUGCUGCUUGGGGUGUGUGUAACCAUGCGUUCCAUUUACAUUGUAUUAAGAGAUGGCUAAAAACUAGAAAUGCUUGUCCUUUAGAUAACCAAGAAUGGACAUAUCAAAAAUUUGGUACCUAGUCCUAUUUGUAUAUUAAUAUACAUAAUGUCUACUU